AAAAAAUGGAACCUUUUUUCGCUUCUGUCAACUUGGAGGACACAUCCUAUUUGAAGCAAGAGCUGCAACACAUGGAGGAGCUCCAUGAAAGCCUAUCUCAGAUGUCUGGCAAUGGCAAGAAUGCCUUGAAUGAUCGAGUACAUGAAGAAAGUUCUCGGUCUCAAACCCAUGCUUCUGGAGAGAGAGAGAAAACCCGAUGAAUCAAAUUGGAUCUAAGGAGUCUGCUAGGUCUGAGAAUUUGGUUGAUCAAUGCCAGGAUGGUGAUGCUGCCAUAUAUGGAAGAUUGAAUGCAGAAAGAAGGUUUAACAAAGUUACCCCACUGUACCAAAGAGUAUUAUCAGCUCUUAUCAUAGAAGAUGAAACUGAAGAAGAAGAAAAUGGUGGACAAAGAAAUAUGUCUGUCCAAUAUUCUAGAGAUGACUCUUCUGCUGGCACUUGCCUUAAUGUUGAUAUUGACCCUCAAAGAAGGGAUGAGAUGGAAUCUGAAUAUGAUUCUGUCUUGGGUCUUCGACUGCAGAAUAUAUAUUCCCCUGAGAAAUUUUCUUGUAAUGGGAGUACCACCUUUAACAAGGCCCCAACUGUGUUCAAUCCUUCAUGUAGUGAUGACCUUCUUCAUGGAGUUCAUAUUUCUAAGCAUUCAGAUGUUGGGUCUCUCUCUGAUAUUUUUCAUGACUGCCUGGAUGUUCCACAAGCUGUUCAGCCAAAUGGUUCUGGCAUUUCUUCCUUUGAGUUCCGAUAUGAGCAGAUGUCGCUGGAAGACAAACUGUUGCUGGAGCUGCAUAGUAUAGGCCUAAAUCCAGAGACUGUGCCUGAUCUAGCAGAAGGAGAGGAUGAAGUAAUUAAUCAAGAAAUUAUGGAACUUGAAAAGAAACUUUACCAACAGGUUGGGAAGAAGAAGAUGCACUUAAACAAAUUAUCUAAAGCUAUUCAAGAGGGGAAGCAAGUGGAAGAACGUGCCCUUGAGCAGGUUGCAUUGAAUAGACUUGUUGAGAUGGCAUACAAAAAGCAGUUGGCCACUCGAGGAAGCAGUGGGUCAAAAAGUGGUGUCAGUAAGGUCUCAAAGCAACUUGCAUUGGCUUUUAUGAAGAGGACUCUUGAUAGAUGUAGGAAAUUUGAAGAAACAGGCAAAAGUUGCUUUAGUGAGCCUGCACUUCGAGAUGUUAUUUUGGCUGCACCUCUUUGCAGCAAUGAUGCAGAAUCUAUAAUUCAUCCUGAAGGUCUUAAGUGUCAACCAGAGCCCAGGGCAUCAGGCUCCUUUACCAACAGGGCUGGGCGGAAUGAUUAUAAUAAUGAUAAAAUUGAAAGGGGAUUAUUAGACACACAUGAAACACUAAACCACUCAUCUGACCAAGAUUUUGCCAAAAAGUGGCCCAAUAUUGAACAGAGGAAAGAAGAAGGAAGUGCUGCUUGA